AUGUCUGCCAAUCUGGGACGCCGGCUCUAUGCCCAUAUCUGGGAUACAGCAAAUCCAUUUCUUGGUCGCAUACGAAUAAAUCGCGUAUCGGCCUCCGAUGCUUACGCCUCAAGAUCAUUCCUCGAUUCGUCCCUUUCAAGCCACUCACGACGCAUCUCGACGCUCCCAACAAAACCCACGCGGUUCAAAAGAUUCGCUUCCGGUGGCUUCUUGGUCCUCGGCGUCUCACCUACCUCAACUGCUGCGGACAAUACCGCAGCAUGCAUCAUCUCCUCUCCGAAAAUCGCCGCCCAGCAUGUCUGGAAGCGAACUUUACACACCUCGAAUGACCGUCGACGCGGGAAAGCAGCUUCGCAAGACACUCAUGAACGCAACGAAAAUGACCAUUCCCAAAAACCCGGCCAAUCCGGCAAAGAUACAUCCACCGCACAUUCACAAGUCAGCCCACCCAAAGAUACUCAACAACCAACAACGACUAAUCGCCACUUAAUGGAUCGCUUACCACAUAUGCCUCAGCUACAUCGGCCAACCAAGGAGGAGCUUUUAGCUGCAGCAACUGGGUUCUGGUCACGCCUCAAAGUACGAUUCAAAUGGUUUUCUAUAAGAAGUGUUCGUCCUUACAAUAUGGAUGAGAUAACUGCCUUAUUCUCGUGGGUUUUGCUGGGUCACAUCGUCUGGGUUGUCGUGGGGACUACCACUUUCUUCUCGCUCCUGAUCCUUGCGAUCAACACAGUCUUUGCUCAAGAAACAUUGGCGGGGUGGGUGGGUAACUAUCUUACCAAGUCUUCUGGAGUCAAAGUUGUCUUUGAAUCUGCAAUCGUGCCCAAGUGGAAAAAUGGCGUCAUCACCUUCAAGAAUGUCUUUGUGUCGAAGCGACCAGGCCAAGGCACAGGCCAUGUCAGUAAGGGAUCUCCGAAGUCUGCGGCGGCUGCAGCCGCAGCUCGAGGUGAUACUGGAUUAGAAGAUUUUCAGGUAGUAUCUGAUGAAGAGGAAGAUACCAACUACACACAAUUUGAUCUGUCGAUUGAGACGGUCAACGUGACAUUAUCAUUUACCAAAUGGCUCAAUGGAAAGGGCCCACUUCAUGAUGUUGAGGUGAAAGGUAUACGAGGUGUUGUUGACCGCCGCCACGUUUACUGGCCGGAGGAGGACUUGGAUCCUAAAUCCUACCGACAUGAGCACCUUCCUGGUGACUUUGAGAUUGACUCUUUCAAGAUGCAUGAUCUGCUUGUCACCAUUUACCAACCGGACAACUUCCGGCCCUUCUCCGUGAGCAUCUUCUCGUGCGACCUCCCUCAAUUGCGGAAGCAAUGGCUCUUCUACGAUUUCCUCUCUGCCAACAUGAUGUCUGGGUCCUAUGACAACUCCUUGUUCACAAUCCACGCUCGUCAAACCCAUGGGUUCACGGGCCUCCGGCAGGAUAGCGAAGAAGAAGAAGAAGACGGCAAGCCAAGCCCGUGGAAGAAACAUAAUCGGAUUCGAGUUGAUGGACUCAAUGUCGACCACCUCAAUCGCGGUGUUCAGGGUCCCUUCUCUUGGAUUCACGAAGGGACAGUAGAUAUUGUGGCCGAUAUCAUGUUACCUGCAGAAAAUGAUGAGAGCUUGGCCAAGGUGAUGGUUGAUUUCUAUGAUCGGCUAGAAACCACAGUCACCACCAAUCGUUAUCCGGAACCUCUAUCUUCGUCUUCCAGUACAAAUUCCGAGACUGAAGAUCGACGUUUCAUCGCCAUGGAUAUGCGCGUGCACCUCAACAACGUUCGAGCUGUCGUACCCAUCUUCACCCGUGACCUGUCUUACAUCAACAAUGCACUGAUUCGUCCUAUUGUUGCCUAUAUCAACUCCAAACGCACUUUUAUUCCCAUCAAUUGCCGCUUAGUCAAGCGCGUUGGAGAUUUUGAUGGCAGCUGGACCGUCUUUGACAGUGGCCUGAUGGAUGACCUGUCAGCUGCAACCUACGACGCAUUUGCGCGAGAUGUCGUGGAUGAUCAAGCCCGGAAAAGGCGGUUCAAGAAAGUCGGGUUCUGGUCCCUUCAGCUGGCCGCCCAGGCUAUUUUCAUGGGCAUGGCUGGCAACAUCGCCUAA